UCACUCUUGCUUCACCUGUCCUUCCACUCAUUUCUCCUACUCCUGGACUUAUAAUCACUUGUUUCUUAUUUCCCUUUUCAGCUGGGUUUCUCUUUCCUUCUCUUCACGUCUCCGUUCCUCACUUCACAUCUUUAACUCUGCUACCAUCCAUCUCCAUCUACACAGUCUCUCUUCUUCCCCUGUACUUCGCUAUCAUACCUUUCAUUCUAUCAUAUCCUUCAUUCAGUCAAGCCGCUCUUGGGCUCUUCACGUUCUGAAUACGAACCAAUGGCGACCAAAGGGAAACCCGAAGGCCUCGUGGGUCUCUCAGUGGCGGAAGCGAAAGUCCUCCUUUUGGGUAUCCUGUGCACCGACAACACUGGCAAGCUGGACGGUGACAGGCUGGCCGCGAAAGGCAACUACAAGAACGGCGCCUCGGCCAAGACCAUGCACCGCGUCGCUAGGAAGGCUCUCUUCGAGAGAAACCUUGGGGAAGACGAGGCAUCCCCGUCGGCCACUACUGCUGACACCACUGCUCCCGCCGAUGGCACCGCAGCCCCUGCGCCCACUCCCAAAAAGACCCCAACCAAACGCCGCAAGAAAGAUGUCGCAGCUGCGGAGACAGGUCUGAACGGCGACACGGAGGACGAAAUCGUGACUCCCAAACCCAAACGCCAGAGAAAGACCCCCGUGAAGAAGGCUGGGGCUUCUACUCCUGCGCCCAACAUUGAAACUGGCAACAGCGGAGUCCCACCCAUGACCAGCAAUCCUCACAACAAAGGCAUCAAAGUCGAAGACGACACAAGCGCCCUGACAUCUUCCCAUCCGGCCCUGAAACUCGAAGACAGCGACUCCACGACUACCAGUGAGCUCAUCGUCAAGGGCGCGAUGGAUGACGGUGACGCGAUCAUGACCAACGCGGAACUGGAUGCAGAGCUCAAUCAUCUAGGUGACGACGCACGCGUUGCCAUUAAGAUGGAGGAUAUCGAGCAUGGAGUGGAUCUCUAGUUUGUUCUUUCUUUCUUUCUGUGUUUUUGCAGGGGACUAGUUUGAACGUCUUCAAGGCUAUGACUUAGUGGACUAUGGCUAGUCAAGGCGGAUUUGUGCUUAAUCAAUGGAGAAUGAAGAAUGGAGACAGUUGACACAGGAGUGGAUAGGGAUUCGUUUAUUACUGGCGUUUACAAUUUCUGUUCGGCUUUCGAGGAGCAAGCGCAAGCGCAAGAGCAAGAGCAAGAGCAAGUUGAUCCACAAUGAAGAAAUGGAAUUCAGUUCAAAGCAAGUUC